CCUCAUAACCUUUUCAAAAAAAAAAAAAAAAAAAAUGAAGUCAACGCCUAAAAUCCUCGUCGUAUUUGGAGCCACUGGUCGACAAGGAGGGUCUGUUAUCAACUAUGUCCUCAAUCAUCCAGAGCUAUCCAAGCAAUUCAAGCUUAGAGCUGUGACACGCGUUCCCUCUAAGCCAGUCGCACAAGCCUUACAGCAACGAGGAGUUGAGGUCGUCAAAGGAGACCUGUAUGACAAAGAGUCACUCAAGGAUGCUCUCAGAGGUGCAUAUACUGUCUUUGGGGCUACUUUCACGGAAUAUGACGACAGUCUCUAUGCUAAAGAAAUCAUUCAAGGCAAGAAUUUAGCAGAUGCAGUUGACGCCGCAGGUGUCCAAUAUAUCAUCUUUAGCACUUCGCGGCACCCAGGAGAAACCUCCAAUGGCAAACACCCUCAUGUGCACGGUCUCAACGCCAAGGCCAACAUCGAAAAAUACAUUCGCUCUCUCCCCAUCAAGAGCGCCUUUUUCUUACCAAGCAUCUUUUUUCAGAACUUUUACAGCUUUUUUACUAUCCCUCAGCCCCAAGGUGAUGGAACCUUUACGAUAUUCAAUGUAGUCUCUCCUCAGAGCGUAUUUGAGUUUUUUGAUCCUGUUGCUGACACAGGCAAAUUUGUGGGUGCUAUUCUCGCAGAACCGGAAAAGUUCGAAAGCAAAACCCUGUGUGCAGCAGCAACCUUUUGCUCAUUUGAGGAAGUAGCAGGGAUGAUCAGUAAAGCAACAGGCAAGAUCGUAAAGUACAAGCAGGUGCCUGUGAAUGAGUUUAAUCAUACCAUACCGGCGACUUACAGCCAAUGCUUCAUCCAUAUUAUGCUUUACCUGGAGGAGUUUGGUUUUUUUGAAUCAAAGGAGCAUGUAGAAUGGUCUACAGAAAAUAUUCAUGACAAACUGACCACAUUUGAGGAGUUCCUCCUGAAGAACCCUCUCCAUCUGUAAUGAUCCAUCAAUGUAUGAGCCC